AGCUGAUUAAUUAUACAAUUCGGCAGACGCAUCAAGGGGCCGAUUUCGACGACGCACCGGUACCUAUCUCGCUGGAGAAAGUAAAUCGCGAUCGCAAUCUUGUAGCUAAGGCUUCACGUGGACUGUUCACUUCUGCCGUAAGACUGUUACAGCAAUGGAAAGCGCCGAUAGAUAGUUGAACGGUUUCGCCACGCAGCACAGCACACUCAUGAUCUUCUAGCUGAGAUGAGGAGUCAGCGAAAGCCAGAGAUCUGACAAUAUGUCUACUGAUCGUGAAAUUACAGCACGCUGAUACAUCGCAAGCGAUUCUAAUGUUGCAACUAUGACAAGUUCGAGCAUAUGUCUUGAUUGCAAUACCUAACUCAGCUUCUACUCCUGAUGUAUGGGGCUCACGAAAUCAAAACAUUGUCGAAUGGUGAGCUCUAAUGCGCCUCCCAGUCUCGAGAAGGCAAAAAAGAAGGAGUCGUAUGAAAAAUCGUCGCUAUCAAAAGCACGGCACAAUCUCGGAGUGGAUUAGAAGUAGCAAGUUUGACAGUCUUUGCUCUGCGGGGCUGCCCGGUGAAUGCAUUCGGCUUCAAAUGUCGAACACGACGAGAUUCUGGCAAUAUGUGACCUUCUCAGCGUGAUCAAGCACACCGGCGCUCAUAUUGACGCAAGCUUCUCCCCCACGAGUUGAAUGCAAACCACAGCGCUAGCCGUGACGGAUCAGGGAGCACUGUCAAAGAGCACAUGUCAGACAUCGCACAUUUCAUUCAACUUGUGCUUACUGGUGCUCUUAUGCCGGUUUGUAAGCGGAGGAUCAAACACCGACGACAAAUAAAAAACAAGGCAGGGAAGUCAUCAGGGAUCCAAGGUCCGCCCUGUCGGUGCCCUCUCUAAAACACUAGCCCUAUCUGAUGACGUCCAGGAGCAUCAAGAACUUAAUUUUGUCGAGGAAUCUGAUGCCGACUAUUAAUGACCAGGCGGCGGAUAACACGGUAGAUUUCCAACCAACCCAGCAAGUUUUGAAAUGUUGCCAAUAGACUGACAAGCGCAGCGAGAAGACGGUAUCGACAUCAACUAAGAAAGCCCUCGACAAGAUUCGACAGUAAAUGGCGAGAUUUCGCUGAGAUCGUAACUAUUUUCAACGAUCAUACAAAAUCCAAAGAGAUCCAUUGAAUGGCUGAUCUUCGACAGCCCCACGCGAUGGAGUAGUACACACGCCAUUUUAGAGCGCUUCGAGUUUAUCAAGAUUGAUUUGAAUGCACUCUUUGCUCAUCGAACAGCGUCUCUCAGAGUUACAGAGCUCCUGAACUUGGUGCAGAAAGAGUUUCUGGUUGCGAGGAUUGGCUUUAGCUUGAUGCUUGCUACGGAUCUUGAUCCCAUUGGCUCUGGUCACAGAGCGUCUCGGCGGUAAGAAAUGCUCUUGCAAGCUUUCCGUACGUGUGGAUGAUCAAAAGAUACCUGCAGGACGAAAACCUGAUUCACGAAGACAUUGCGGAAGUUAGAGACAAAGCAUUUGCCAAACAAACUCUUUGCAAUAUGCAUGACAAGUGAAUGCUAUCAAAUUGACUUGAACAUCGUAUCACGGAUGCAUGACACAUAUUUUCCUACAGAUUGCUGUGAUAUAGUAUAAUUAUGAAUAAGGUUUCAGAGUGUUAAGCUGACAUUUAAAUGAUUCCAAGACAUAAGACGAAGACGAAAUCAUUACUUUUGCGCCUCUGGGUAAAAUACUGACAAAUGGAACCUCCUGUAAGCACCCAAUCACAUAGUUUCUUUCAGAAGCAAAUACUUUGAACGGGCAAGUAUCAUGGUACUGAGAGGUGAGUCGCAUCGGUCUUACACAUCAUACUAUACCUCGUGAAUGUAAGGACAAAUUAGAUCACAACCAUUAGUUGUAUGCUCUUUCUGGUUCACAUGCCAUUGCUGAUGUAGUUAAU